AUGGGAUCGAUCGAGCACAACGCAGAUCAAGUUCGUUCACAAUAUAGCGGUCCUGCUAGUGGUAUGGUCGACACUCCCAGCAGUAUACCGGGGGAAGGGGCAAUCUCUCGUGAUGAGCUCUCUAACUGGGAGUAUCACGGUGUGUGCCCUGUUGCCGUAACACCGAACCCGCAUGCUGAUCAGUACAGGACCGAAGUCAUACCUGUCUAUCUGCUCAGAGUCCGGAAUAAGCUGGCUUAUUUCGAUAGGGCAGUCGACGCUGCGUUAGGCAUCGUCCAUCGAGAUUGGUUUGAAUCGAGACUCGCAGCUCAUUUGAGCGCUGGGUAUCAUGACGAUGACGAUCCUGGCUGGUAUGCACUUCGCAACACAAUCUACGCAUCAGGUUGCCGCAUAGAAGUCUCCAAACUCAGGAAUAUACGGGACUCAAAUCAAGCAGCCUGGGGAUGGUUCGAGAACGCACUCUCGGUGCAAACGGAAAUCCUCUAUUUUCGGACGUCAAUGAUUGGCAUACAAGCACUGACCCUGAUGGCGUAUUUCUGCGAGAAUAUCGCUAGUCCGUGUCUUGAAUACAUGCUGUGUUCAAGUGCCCUACGACUCGCGAUUUCCAAAGGGCUCCACCGUCAAGCAAGCCCCUCUGCCAAAUUGAGCCAGGACGAACAGUCACAGCGAAGUUUGGUCUUCUGGGCGGCAUAUUGCUUGGAAAAACACGUUACCAGCCAGUCAGGACGACCCUCGAUUAUGGACGAUGCGGAAAUCAACUGUCAAAUACCUCAGACGUUGACCCCAGGAAGCUCGGCCAAUGUUUUCUACUACGACACACUGAUCAGGCUUGCCCAACUGUCGUCCCAAGCCUAUCGUAAGAUUUUUUCCUACCAAGCGUUGCAAAACCUCUCCCAGGCACCUUACAACCUUAUCGGCGAAAUCACCAGCUUGGACGCGCAGCUCGAAUCUUUGAAGCGUUCCAAAGAGCACGUUUUCCGCCUGGAAGCGCCAAUCGACCCAAACGAGCUCCAUGCAUGCCUGAGCCUUCAUCGUGCCAUGUACCUACAGUACGCAUACUACGUUACCCUCCUCGACAUCCACACCAUUCUAGCCAUCCCUUGGUCCCAAAACAUGCUUAUUUCAAUGCACGAGCCGUCUCUUGCCGUCCAAAGGGAAAAGUCGACCCAAAAAGUGGCCAGAACAUGUCGCGAUAUCAUCCUUAGCACCACACACAUGAACUUUGACGCUAGCACUCCACAUCCUCUCACAUUUCUCGGACCCAUGUAUGCUUUUAUCACUCUUUUUAUCCACAUUUUGAGAUUUCCAGAUCAGCCCAGUGUCCGCCUAGACAUUUCUAUGCUCACCAUUUGCUCCGGGCAUUUUGCCCGCUUAGAGUUCGCCACCGACUCGGAAAUAUCCUUUCCAUUUGUGACCGAGGUGGCAGCCCUGGCGAGGAGAAGUGCCCGAUUCCUUCGACCGGGUCAUCCUUCAUAUCUGGACGGAUCAAGUGUCGGAACGCAGGACGACCCUGGCAGAUCGUCCGAGGGAGGAAGAGGAGAGACAGGGAAAGCUGGCGUCGGCGUCGGCUUUGCUCCAUCAAUCGACAAUCAGAUGAAUCAAGAUUAUAAUAAUCCGGGUUACCCUAACAACGGAUUCGAUAGCGAGCUGGACGACUGGUGUCUCAUGUUGCCGACGUAUGAUCCUGAGACAACCUGCCUGGACCUGUCCAUUUCAGCAUUUCAGAUUGACCCCGAUCACUUGAGCUCAGAAGCUGUGCAAGCAGCACAGAACUCCCCAGUGGCAGCACUAUCAGGCUUGCAAGAUGUAGUCCCGACCGAAUCUCAAGCCAGGACCACCUCCUGCAUGUGGGGUCUAGAAUUGGGACCUGCUAUAAGGGCAUCCCAGACAGCGCUGAUAUGGUUCGCGAUCGCUCUGGCUUUGACCCCCUAA